UGACCUCAGGUGAACUGCUCACCUUAGCCUCCUAAAAUUCUGGGAUUACAGGCAUGAGCCACCGCACCUGGCCUAUAUACUGCAUGCUCUCUGACAGACCUUUUUUUUCAAAUUCCCCUUUAGGACCCUGGAGCUCUCCUAACAUUCAUUACACAAUUAAUGAUGCUUCCCCUCUUUUUCGUGAGGACCAAAUGAGAUGAACAGAUUGUGACUACUGCCCACUGUUUUUGGGUAUCCUACAGCAGGAUCAGUGGCCUGCCUUCCAGGAGAUGGGGUCAGUGUAUUGAGAAAGGAGAGUGCACAUGUGAUAAUUGUCAGAUUCUUGUGGGGAAUCUAUCCAAAGCUUAUGCUAUUUUAAUAUCUAUUUAAUAGAGAAAGCCUGCCAUUGUACGUAUCCCAGAUGGGGUAAUAGAAUUAUGGGAUAAUAGAAUUAUGAUCAGACUCCCAUAGGUCAUCAUUUCUCCUCUGAGGAGGUAACACGAAGCGUCAGAAUAUGAGAACAUCUUUCUUUUUUGAAGAGCUUCCACAUUGGGCCAGCAGGGCUUGGCUGUGGGGAUGUGGUCUCAGCUCUGCAUCCACCCCAGGGAGUGGGUGUGACUUCUGGACUGCUUGGACAUUGGAAAAGAAAAAAAGUCAUACUCUUGGAAGGCUGAAAGCUCUGUGGAUCAUUUCUGAGCACUGUUUCGCCUGUUGGCUACACAAUGAAAGAGCCAGUGGUGCAGUGGUGUCCGGAGAUGUCCAUCUGAUUGUUCAUUACACAGAAACCAGGCAAAGCCUAGCUUGGAGAAUGGCGUCAUUGCUGGCUCUGGCAGUGUUCCCCAAAGGAAGAUCGACUAAGUACCAGGAACUGUGUUGGGGCUGAGGAUAUGUCAGGGAAGAAACAGACAAGAGUCCUCGCCUGGGUGGAGCUGACAGCCUUGUGGGGCUAUGGAGAGGCCAUGGAAGGCCUGGUCCACAGCCAGAAAGAGACCAGGAGAGGCCAGAGGAGGGACAGAUCCGUCCAGCCAGAAGAAAUGAUCUCUGAGAAGACCCAAGGCCAUUGGAGGCUCGGAGUGGAGCCCAUUGUGGAGACAGCAGCAGAAGGUAGGAGGAGAUGAUGCUGUAGCCAGAGCCGAGGACCAAAUAGGGCCUGGGUGAUCAUCAAUAAGAGAGAAUAAAAAAGACCAAGCCCUCCUGUGAGCCCGCAGCACUUAGAGUUUAGUAAAAGGACAUCAGCAUUGUAACUGACAAGGCAGGUUUUGGUAAGUACCACAGCUUAAGUGCUUACUCUGUGUUAUGGGCGGAAUUAUGCCCUUUCCAAGUUUGUACAUUGAAUUCCUAAAUCCCCAGUACCUUGGAACGUAUUUGGAGAUAGGGCCGUUAAAGAGGUAGUUAAGGUCAAAUGCGGUCAUAUGUGUAGGCUCUAAUCCAAUAUGAUCGGUGUCCCUAUAAGAAGAGAUUAGAACCCAGACACACAGAGACCGCGGGGUGACCACGUGAGGACCCAGCGAGAAGGUAGCCAUCUGCAAGCCACGGAGAGAGGCAUCAGAAGAAACCAAACCUGGAUCUUGGACUUGGGGCCUCCAGAACUGUGAGAAAGCAAAUUUCUGGUGUUUAAGCACCAAAUCUAUGGGAUUUUGUUAUGGUGGCCUGGGCUGACUACCCUACUGUGCUAAGCAGUUUGUCCAGAUCAUCUCAGUUAAUACCUAUUAUAGCCUCGUGCUGGUAUGUAAACUGGAUUUUACAGGUGGGAAAAUUGAGGCUCAGAGGUUAAAGCCCAAGGUUGGCUCAAGGGCAUGGAGCAAGUAUAUGUCAGGGAUGAACUGAAACUCAAGUCAUUCAGAGCCAAGGCCCGGACUCUUGCCCACUUCGUCUUUUUGAAUAGUGGGUGAUGGGAACACAGCUCCAGGGUUGGGUGUGGAGAGGUGUGGGGAGGGAAAGAAGCAAGACAAAAGGUGUGGGGCUACAAGGGGAGUGGGUAUGGAACAGGGGGCUGCAGGAAUCAGGACUUGAGGAAUGGAAUAAGCUUCCCUGGGAGUGAUCCCCACGAGGCUGAGUCCCUUGUCCCUGCUGGUUUUGCCUUCUGGCUGCCUCCUUCGUCCUGCCAGCCCUGUCCAGCUCUUGGGUGUCGGACGCCCCCUCCUGCCCUGUCUGUUUUUCCAUUUCCCCUCCAGACUCAUGCUCAGCCUUUUCCAUGCUAGAAAAUUACCUGUGUGCUUUUGUUCAUGGAGUUUUGUCCUUUAACACACAAAGCUGAUUCUGGAUGUGAAUUUAAAAUGCAAACUCCAGCAUAUAAGGAAGAAAAAUAAAACACCGUAUUUUUGGUCUUCCAAAAAGUCUUUUACCAAAACUUAUCGAUUGUGCAAGGAUGACUUAAAAGGAACACAGGUGCUGCAUUUUGAAGAUUUUCCUCAUCAGCUGACGCAAGUUAGGAUGUCCAAAGUCUGUUAACCCCUCAAGGAGCUGAAGUGGUGUGAAUUUGUGGACACAGGCACAACAGCGUUGAAGUAUGUUGUUUACCCAGCAUGCUGUGUCCAACAAACCUUUACUAUUGUGCUCCUGUAAUGUUGAGGAUAAUGAGAUGAAAGAUGGACAGAUCCCUGCCCUCAGGGAGGUUAGAACUGAGCUGGAAGAAACAGAGAGGCCAUUUCAAUGAUUAUGUUAAGUUCCAGUUGGAAGCAUUCACUGGACUGUUUUUGUCACAAAGCUGGAGAACAGACUCCUGCCUAGGAGAGUCAGAAGAGGGCUUUCUGGAAGGUGAUGCUUGAGUUGAGACUAGAUGAUGAAAUGGAAGGUAACAACGUGGCGAAGGGGAAGGGGCUGGCAAAGGAAUAGAGGGCUUGCCACUGGUGGGCUACUGAGUGGUUUGGUGCAGCUGGAGCGGGGGAGAGUCAUAGAAGGAUGUUGAGGCUGAGGCUGCAGAGGGAUUUUCAAGUCCCUCCAUGAAGAGGCUUGCGUGCUGAGUUUUGGGACUUACCCUUGAAAUCUCAGCUGCAUUACUGAGUACCACGGUGACCCUGGAAGCCUGUGCAGGAUGGUUUGGGACAGGAUGGGACGAGAGAGGGAGAGACAAGUUAGGAGGUGAUUGCAGAAAUCUAAGGAAGAAAGUAAUAAAGGAGAUUGAGAGGCUAUUUAGAUCAACCCAUCAUUUCACAGUUUAAACCAAAGUUCAGAGAGAUUAAGUCAGUUUCCUAAAGUCACACAGCUAACAAGCAGCAGAACCAACACUGGAAAAGAAAGAUGGAAAGGUCGUCAUCAUUUCUGAAGGCCUGCCGUGUGCUAGGCAUGCCACAUACCUGUGCAGUUUCCUCACUGAGUAAGUGUGGUUGUUUCAUUUCAAUGAUGAAAAUGCAGAGGCUCAAAGAAGUUAAGUGGCUUGUCUAAAGUCAAACAGCUUGUGAGUGCAGUGAUGAAACCCAGACCUUCGCACCACAGUGUGCUGCUGACAUUGGGUAUUGAUAACUUUUGCAACGCAAGAUGCAUUAUUAAUAGGAAAAAGGGAAUAGAAAAGGACUCCUUGUUCUUUAACUCCUAGGCCUUUCUGACUCCACGUUGCUUGGAUUUCAAAACAAUUCUGUUGUUUGGUACUCAUGCCUUUUACCUUCUUUCCCCUUUCUGGUUUAGGCAGCAAAAGCCUUUAAUUAGCUAGCCCGCAGCUCAUCAGAGAAAGGUGGCUGUCACUGAGCUCUCCCUUUGCUCUCCACGUGGCCUGACAUUUCCCAGGGUUCUCUUCCCUUUUUCUCUUUCAGAUAAGGAACAGCUGGGCCAGGAGGACUCUUGACCUAGAUUUGGUGGCCCUGUUUCACAAUAAAAGAUAGUUAAACAGACACGAAGCAGCUGUAUUCGAAGCAUUUCUUUUCAAGUGAAAGAGGAAGUUCCAGAAAGUUGGAGCUUGUUCUCGAUGUCAUUGCUGCACAGCAGAUUACUCCUAAAGUUAGUGACUUGAAAUAGCAAUGAUCAUUGUAUUCUCUCUUCCGAUUUCUGUAGGUCAGGAAACUGGGGAAGGGAUGAGUUGGGUGGUUCUGGCGUGGGGGUCUCUCCUGCGGGGCUUGGGAGGCUGGAAUAGCUGGGGCUGAUCCAGCACCUCUCUCUCUUUGUGUAAUCUCAGACAGCUCCACAUGGUGUCUUCACAUGGGUCACUUUGGGCCUGCUCCCAGCAGGGUGGCCUCAGGCCAGCGGGCUGCUUUCAUGGUGGCUGAACGCUUCAAAGAGAGAGUAUUCUGGAGAGCAAGGCUUGGUUGCAUCACUUUCCAGCCUUGGAAGUCACUUCUGCUGUAAUCUAUUUGUCAAAGCAGUGACAGUCUCUCCUCCACUCCCCAUUGAGAAGUGGAGACCCCACUUCUCUAUGGGAAGAAUGUCAAGCUCACCCUGAAGGACGAGCAUGUUGGAUGGGAUGUUUUGGUGGCCAUCUUUGGAACUACUGUCUGCCUCGGAAGUCAUGAAUGGAGUAUGAGAGAGAGGUGAGAGGGAGGAACCACUAAUUUGUCUUCUUUCUGACCAGGGCUAAUGGUAAUCUCUUAAGUGGCUUUUAAUUUGCCAUUAGGUCUCACCUACCAAAGAAGUCAAAGUACUGCUCACAUUAUGAGUGAAUCUCUAUUAUUCAAAUCAAUACAGGAUGAAAAAUGCACAUGCAUAUUCUUCACAAUCAAAAAACAAGAAAUGAAAUUCUCCCAGGCCCAAACUUUUUUGCAAAGACUGAAGGAAGAGAAGGAAGCCAAGCGGGCUGUUUUGGAUGGGAGGCAUAACUACUUAUUUGCAAUUGUGGCUUCCUGUUUGGACCUGAACAAAACCGAAGUGGAGGAUGCCGUUCUUGAAGGGGAUCAGAUUGAAAGAAUUGAUCAACUUUUUGCUGUUGGAGGUCUCCGACACCUCAUGUUUUACUAUCAAGAUGUGGAGGAAGCAGAAACAGGACAACUUGGCUCUCUAGGAGGGGUAAAUCUUGUUUCUGGAAAGAUUAAAAAACCUAAGGUGUUCGUGACCGAGGGAAAAGAUGUGGCUCUUACUGGGGUAUGUGUGUUCUUCAUCAGGACUGACCCUUCCAAAGCCAUCACCCCUGACAACAUCCACCGGGAGGUGAGUUUUAACAUGUUAGAUGCGGCAGAUGGAGGUCUGCUCAACAGCGUGAGACGUUUGCUGUCCGACAUCUUCAUUCCCGCUCUCAGAGCCACGAGCCAUGGCUGGGGCGAGCUCGAGGGCCUUCAGGACGCAGCUAACAUUCGGCAGGAGUUCUUGAGCUCCCUGGAAGGCUUUGUGAACGUCCUGUCGGGUGCACAGGAGAGUUUGAAGGAAAAGGUGAAUCUUCAAAAGUGUGACAUACUUGAACUGAAAAACCUAAAGGAACCUACGGACUACUUGACUCUAGCAAAUAACCCUGAGACCUUGGCAAAAAUAGAGGAUUGUAUGAAAGUAUGGAUCAAACAGACAGAACAGGUUCUUGCUGAAAACGAUCAGCUGCGGAAGGAAGCAGAUGACGUUGGGCCACGAGCGGAGCUGGAGCACUGGAAAAAAAGACUCUCCAAGUUUAACUACCUUUUGGAACAACUGAAAAGCCCAGAUGUGAAGGCUGUGCUGGCGGUGCUUGCGGCAGCCAAGUCAAAACUGCUGAAGAUUUGGCGGGAGAUGGAUAUUCGAAUCACUGAUGCAACUAAUGAAGCGAAGGACAAUGUGAAAUACUUGUAUACACUUGAAAAAUGUUGUGACCCUUUGUACAGCAGUGAUCCACUAUCCAUGAUGGAUGCUAUUCCUACACUUCUAAAUGCAAUUAAAAUGAUCUAUAAUAUCUCUCAUUACUAUAACACCUCUGAGAAGAUCACAUCUCUGUUUGUAAAGGUGACAAAUCAGAUUAUAUCUGCAUGUAAAGCCUAUAUUACCAAUAAUGGAACCGCUUCCAUCUGGACCCAGCCACAGGAUGUUGUUGUAGAAAAAAUACUAUCUGCGAUUAAACUGAAACAGGAAUACCAGCACUGCUUUCACAAGACAAAACAAAAGCUUAAACAAAAUCCAAAUGCAAAACAAUUUGAUUUUAGCGAGAUGUAUAUUUUUGGAAAAUUGGAAACUUUUCACCGACGCCUUGGCAAGAUAAUAGACAUCUUUACAACCCUCAAGACGUAUUCAGGCCUGCAAGAUUCCACAAUCGAAGGGCUGGAAGACAUGGUCACUAAAUACCAGGGCAUUGUGACAACCAUAAAGAAAAAGGAAUACAAUUUCUUAGACCAGCGGAAAAUGGAUUUUGACCAAGAUUAUGAAGAGUUUUGCAGGCAGACUAAUGACCUUCAUAAUGAGUUGCAGAAGUUCAUGGAUGUUACAUUUGAGAAGAUUCAAAACACAAAUCAAGCUCUAAGAAUGUUGAAGAAAUUUGAAAGGUUGAAUAUACCUAAUCUUGGUAUUGAUGACAAAUAUCGACUUAUCUUUGAGAACUAUGGGGCUGACAUUGAUAUGAUUUCAAAGCUGUAUACAAAGCAGAAAUACGACCCUCCUCUGGCUCGAAACCAGCCUCCCAUCGCUGGAAAGAUUUUGUGGGCCCGCCAGCUCUUUCACAGGAUUCAGCAGCCCAUGCAGCUUUUCCAGCAGCACCCAACUGUACUAAGCACGGCAGAAGCCAAACCUAUAAUUCGCAGUUACAACAGGAUGGCCAAGGUCCUCCUGGAGUUUGAGGUCCUCUUCCACAGGGCGUGGCUUCGGCAAAUUGAAGAAAUUCAUGUAGGUCUUAAGGCUUCAUUAUUGGUGAAGGCCCCAGGCACAGGGGAAUUGUUUGUAAACUUUGACCCUCAGAUAUUAAUCUUAUUUAGAGAAACAGAGUGCAUGGCCCAGAUGGGUCUGGAAGUCUCUCCAUUGGCAGCUUCCCUCUUCCAGAAACGAGAUAGAUACAAAAGGAACUUCAGUAACAUGAAGAUGAUGCUAGCUGAAUAUCAGAGAGUGAAGUCAAAAAUCCCUUCUGCCAUCGAGCAACUGAUUGUCCCUCACUUGGCCAAAGUAGAUGAAGCUCUUCAACCCGGCUUGGCUGCACUGACCUGGACAUCACUGAAUAUUGAGACAUAUUUAGAAAACACUUUUGCAAAGAUCAAGGACCUGGAGUUGCUGCUUGACAGGGUCAAUGAUUUGAUUGAGUUCCGCAUUGAUGCCAUUCUAGAAGAAAUGAGCAGCACGCCUCUUUGUCAGCUUCCCCAGGCAGAGCCGCUUACCUGUGAAGAGUUUCUCCAAAUGACAAAGGAUCUUUGUGUAAAUGGUGCACAAAUACUACAUUUUAAAAGCUCAUUAGUGGAGGAGGCAGUCAAUGAGCUUGUAAAUAUGUUGCUGGAUGUGGAAGUUUUAUCUAAAGAAGAAAGUGAAAAAAUAUCCAAUGAAAAUAGUGUUAAUUACAAAAAUGAAAAUUCAGCAAAAAGAGAAGAAGGAAAUUUUGACACCUUGACAUCAUUCACUAAUGCCAGAGCCGAUGCCCUGUUUUUGACGACAGUCAUGAGGAAAAAGAAAGAAACUGAGAUAUUAGAGGAAGAAGCCCGCGAGUUGCUCUCGCAUUUCAACCAUCAGAACAUGGAUGCUCUUCUGAAAGUUACAAGGAAUACGCUAGAGGCCAUUCGCAAACACAUUCAUUCCUCUCACACAAUUAACUUCCGGGACAGUAACAGUGCCUCUAACAUGAAGCAGAAUAGUCUGCCCAUUUUCCGGGCAAGCGUCACUCUGGCCAUUCCCAACAUCGUCAUAGCCCCUGGCCUGGAAGAUGUGCAGCAGACCCUGAACAAAGCCGUGGAGUGCAUCAUCAGUGUCCCUAAGGGGGUCAGACAGUGGAGCAGCGAACUGCUGUCCAAGAAAAAGAUACAAGAAAGAAAAAUGGCUGCUUUGCAGAGUAAUGAAGACAGUGAUUCUGAUGUUGAAAUAGGAGAAAAUGAACUUCAAGAUACCUUGGAGAUAGCAUCUGUAAAUGUACCCAUUCCCGUGCAAACCAAGAACUAUUAUAAGAAUGUUUCUGAAAACAAAGAGAUUGUAAAAUUAGUUUCUGUGCUUAGCACAAUGAUCAACUCCACCAAAAAGGAAGUUAUUGCAUCCAUGGAUUGCUUCAAACGCUACAAUCACAUUUGGCAAAAGGGGAAAGAAGAAGCCAUUAAAACAUUUAUUACACAGAGCCCCUUGCUCUCUGAAUUUGAGUCCCAGAUCCUCUAUUUCCAAAACCUAGAGCAGGAAAUUAAUGCUGAGCCUGAAUAUAUCUGUGUGGGUCCCAUUGCUCUGUACACAGCUGACUUGAAGUUCACCCUGACUGCUGAGACAAAGGCCUGGAUGGUUGUCAUUGGACGCCACUGUAACAAAAAAUACCGGAGUGAGAUGGAAAACAUUUUUAUGCUUAUUGAAGAAUUCAAUAAGAAACUAAAUCGUCCAAUUAAGGACCUAGAUGAUAUUCGGAUUGCAAUGGCAGCAUUGAAAGAAAUAAGGGAGCAGCAAAUCUCCAUUGACUUUCAAGUAGGACCUAUUGAGGAAUCUUAUGCCCUGCUUAACAGAUACAGACUUCUAAUAGCAAGGGAAGAGAUGGACAAAGUUGAUACACUGCACUAUGCUUGGGAGAAGCUGCUGACACGUGCUGGCGAAGUCCAGAAUGAAUUAGUGUCACUGCAGCCCAGUUUCAAGAAAGAGCUUAUUAGUGCUGUGGAGGUAUUCCUUCAAGAUUGUCACCAGUUUUAUCUGGACUAUGAUUUGAAUGGUCCAAUGGCUAGCGGCUUGAAGCCCCAGGAAGCCAGUGACAGGCUUGUUAUGUUUCAGAACCAAUUUGAUAAUAUCUAUCGGAAAUACCUCACAUAUACUGGAGGAGAGGAGCUUUUUGGCCUGCCAGUUACACAGUAUCCUCAGCUUCUUGAAAUAAAGAAGCAACUAAAUCUUCUACAGAAAAUAUACACUCUGUACAACAGUGUCAUGGAAACUGUAAAUAGCUAUUAUGAUAUUCUUUGGUCAGAGGUGAAUAUUGAAAAAAUCAACAAUGAACUAUUGGAAUUCCAGAACAGGUGUCGGAAGCUGCCCCGGGCCUUGAAGGACUGGCAGGCUUUUUUGGACCUGCAGAAGAUCAUUGAUGAUUUCAGCGAGUGUUGCCCACUGCUGGAAUACAUGGCCAGUAAAGCCAUGAUGGAGCGGCACUGGGAAAGGAUCACCACCCUCACCGGGCACAGUCUGGAUGUGGGGAAUGAAAGUUUUAAGUUAAGAAAUAUCAUGGAGGCACCUCUUCUGAAAUACAAAGAGGAAAUAGAGGACAUCUGUAUCAGUGCGGUGAAAGAGAGAGACAUUGAGCAAAAGCUGAAGCAAGUGAUCAAUGAGUGGGACAAUAAAACAUUCACCUUCGGCAGCUUUAAAACCCGUGGAGAGCUCCUCUUGCGAGGAGACAGUACCUCGGAAAUCAUCGCCAACAUGGAGGACAGCUUGAUGUUGCUGGGUUCCCUACUGAGCAACAGGUACAAUAUGCCAUUCAAAGCCCAGAUUCAAAAAUGGGUGCAGUACCUUUCCAACUCAACAGACAUCAUCGAGAGCUGGAUGACAGUGCAAAACCUGUGGAUUUAUUUAGAAGCCGUCUUUGUGGGAGGAGACAUUGCCAAGCAGUUGCCCAAGGAAGCCAAGCGCUUUUCUAACAUAGAUAAAUCUUGGGUGAAGAUCAUGACUCGGGCACAUGAAGUGCCCAAUGUAGUUCAGUGCUGUGUUGGAGAUGAGACCCUGGGGCAGCUGUUACCGCACUUGCUGGACCAGUUGGAGAUAUGCCAGAAAUCCCUUACUGGGUACUUGGAGAAAAAGCGGCUGUGCUUUCCUCGGUUUUUCUUCGUCUCAGAUCCUGCCCUUCUAGAGAUUCUGGGGCAGGCAUCGGACUCCCACACUAUACAGGCCCAUUUGCUGAACGUGUUUGACAACAUUAAAUCUGUCAAGUUCCAUGACAAGAUCUAUGAUCGAAUUCUGUCAAUUUCCUCUCGAGAGGGUGAGACGAUUGAAUUGGAUAAACCUGUCAUGGCAGAGGGCAAUGUAGAAGUUUGGCUUAAUUCUCUUUUGGAAGAAUCUCAGUCCUCAUUGCAUCUUGUGAUUCGCCAGGCAGCUGCAAAUAUUCAAGAAACAGGUUUCCAACUAAUUGAAUUUCUUUCAUCCUUCCCUGCUCAGGUUGGAUUAUUAGGAAUUCAGAUGAUAUGGACACGGGAUUCAGAAGAAGCCCUUAGAAAUGCCAAGUUUGAUAAAAAAAUCAUGCAGAAAACUAAUGAGACUUUCCUGGAGCUACUCAAUACACUGAUAGACAUCACCACGAGGGAUCUGAGUUCCAUGGAACGAGUGAAAUAUGAGACUCUGAUUACUAUUCAUGUGCACCAAAGGGAUAUCUUUGAUGACCUGUGUCAUAUGCAUAUCAAGAGUCCUAUGGACUUUGAGUGGCUGAAACAGUGCAGAUUUUACUUUAACGAAGAUUCUGACAAGAUGAUGAUUCACAUCACAGAUGUGGCUUUCAUAUACCAGAAUGAAUUUUUAGGCUGCACUGACAGGCUUGUCAUAACUCCACUUACAGACAGAUGUUACAUCACGCUGGCUCAAGCUCUGGGAAUGAGCAUGGGAGGAGCCCCUGCUGGACCUGCAGGCACAGGCAAAACAGAAACCACUAAAGACAUGGGACGAUGCCUAGGGAAAUACGUUGUGGUUUUCAAUUGUUCAGACCAGAUGGAUUUCCGAGGACUUGGACGGAUUUUUAAAGGACUGGCACAGUCUGGAUCCUGGGGUUGUUUUGACGAAUUUAACCGUAUUGAUCUACCAGUUCUCUCGGUUGCAGCCCAGCAAAUUUCCAUUAUUCUGACAUGUAAAAAGGAGCACAAAAAGUCUUUUAUUUUUACUGAUGGAGAUAAUGUGACUAUGAACCCUGAAUUUGGGCUUUUCUUAACCAUGAAUCCUGGCUAUGCCGGACGGCAGGAACUCCCUGAAAACUUGAAGAUUAAUUUCCGCUCAGUGGCCAUGAUGGUGCCUGACCGUCAGAUUAUCAUAAGGGUGAAGUUGGCUAGUUGUGGCUUCAUUGACAAUGUUGUUCUGGCCAGGAAGUUUUUCACGCUCUAUAAACUGUGUGAGGAGCAGCUUUCUAAGCAGGUUCAUUAUGACUUUGGCCUGCGUAACAUUCUGUCGGUUCUUCGGACCUUGGGAGCAGCAAAAAGAGCCAAUCCUAUGGAUACGGAGUCCACGAUUGUCAUGCGUGUACUGCGGGACAUGAAUCUUUCUAAACUGAUUGAUGAGGAUGAGCCCUUGUUUUUGAGUUUGAUUGAAGAUCUCUUUCCAAAUAUUCUUCUGGACAAGGCAGGUUACCCUGAACUGGAAGCAGCAAUCAGUAGACAGGUUGAAGAAGCUGGUUUAAUCAACCAUCCUCCUUGGAAACUGAAGGUCAUCCAGCUAUUCGAAACGCAGAAGGUGCGGCAUGGGAUGAUGACCCUGGGGCCCAGUGGGGCUGGGAAGACCACCUGCAUCCACACGUUGAUGAGAGCCAUGACAGAUUGUGGAAAACCACACCGGGAAAUGAGGAUGAAUCCCAAAGCGAUUACUGCCCCACAGAUGUUUGGUCGGCUGGACGUUGCCACAAAUGACUGGACUGAUGGGAUAUUUUCUACGCUUUGGAGGAAAACAUUAAGAGCAAAGAAAGGGGAACAUAUCUGGAUAAUUCUUGAUGGUCCAGUAGAUGCCAUCUGGAUUGAAAAUCUGAAUUCUGUUUUGGAUGAUAACAAAACUCUAACCCUUGCCAAUGGUGAUCGGAUUCCCAUGGCUCCAAACUGCAAGAUCGUUUUCGAGCCUCAUAACAUUGACAAUGCUUCUCCUGCCACCGUCUCAAGAAAUGGAAUGGUUUUCAUGAGCUCUUCUAUCCUUGAUUGGAGUCCUAUUCUUGAGGGUUUUCUUAAGAAACGCUCGCCUCAAGAAGCAGAAAUUCUUCGUCAGCUGUACACCGAGUCUUUCCCGGACUUGUAUCGCUUCUGUGUCCAGAACUUAGAAUUCAAGAUGGAGGUGCUGGAGGCCUUUGUCAUCACGCAGAGCAUUAACAUGCUCCAAGGCCUGAUUCCUCUCAAGGAGCAAGGCGGGGAGGUGAGCCGGGCGCACCUGGGGCGGCUGUUCGUGUUCGCGCUGCUGUGGAGCGCGGGGGCAGCGCUGGAGCUGGACGGCCGGCGCCGCCUGGAGCUCUGGCUGCGCGCGCGGCCCGCGGGGACGCUGGAGCUGCCGCCGCCCGCGGGCCCCGGGGACACCGCCUUCGACUACUACGUGGCGCCCGACGGUACAUGGACGCACUGGAACACACGUACCGCGGAAUACCUGUAUCCGUCUGAUACCACCCCAGAGUAUGGCUCUAUUCUGGUGCCAAAUGUUGACAAUGUGAGGACUGAUUUUCUAAUUCAAACCAUGGCUAAACAGGGCAAGGCUGUACUAUUAAUUGGUGAACAAGGAACAGCCAAAACAGUCAUAAUUAAAGGAUUUAUGUCCAGAUAUGAUCCUGAAUGUCACAUGAUCAAGAGUCUGAAUUUUUCCUCUGCAACCACCCCACUGAUGUUCCAGAGGACAAUAGAGAGCUAUGUGGAUAAACGAAUGGGUACAACAUAUGGCCCUCCUGCGGGAAAGAAGAUGACUGUUUUUAUUGAUGAUGUGAAUAUGCCAAUAAUCAAUGAGUGGGGAGACCAGGUUACGAAUGAGAUAGUGCGACAGCUGAUGGAACAAAAUGGAUUCUAUAACCUAGAGAAGCCUGGGGAGUUCACCAACAUCGUGGACAUCCAGUUUUUGGCAGCCAUGAUCCAUCCUGGUGGUGGACGCAAUGACAUACCCCAAAGACUCAAGAGGCAGUUCUCUAUAUUUAACUGCACGUUGCCCUCUGAUGCUUCCGUGGACAAGAUCUUUGGUGUGAUUGGGGUAGGCUACUACUGUACUCAGAGGGGUUUCUCGGAAGAAGUGAGAGAUUCUGUCACAAAAUUGGUGCCCCUGACACGCCGACUAUGGCAGAUGACCAAGAUGAAAAUGCUUCCUACCCCUGCAAAAUUCCAUUAUGUGUUUAACCUACGAGAUCUUUCUCGGAUCUGGCAGGGAAUGCUGAACAGUACUUCAGAGGUCAUCAAGGAACCAAAUGACCUGUUAAAGCUCUGGAAGCAUGAAUGUAAACGUGUUAUAGCUGACCGUUUCACAGUGUCCAGUGAUGUGACCUGGUUUGAUAAGGCUUUAGUAAGUUUGGUAGAGGAGGAGUUUGGUGAAGAGAAAAAACUCUCGGUGGAUUGUGGAAUUGACACAUAUUUUGUGGAUUUCUUGAGAGAUGCACCUGAAGCUGCAGGUGAAACGUCUGAAGAGGCUGAUGCUGAAAUGCCUAAAAUGUAUGAGCCCAUUGAUUCUUUUAGUCGCCUAAAAGAGCGUCUGAAUAUGUUCCUGCAGCUGUAUAAUGAGAGCAUCCGUGGCGCUGGCAUGGACAUGGUGUUCUUUGCAGAUGCCAUGGUUCACUUAGUCAAGAUCUCUCGUGUCAUUCGUACUCCUCGGGGAAAUGCCCUCCUGGUCGGGGUGGGCGGAUCAGGAAAGCAGAGCCUGACGAGGUUGGCUUCAUUCAUUGCCGGCUACAUUUCCUUCCAGAUCACCCUGACGAGAUCCUACAACACAUCAAAUCUGAUGGAAGAUCUGAAGGUUUUGUAUAGAACAGCUGGUCAGCAAGGCAAAGGAAUCACUUUUAUUUUUACAGACAAUGAGAUUAAAGAUGAAUCAUUUUUGGAAUAUAUGAACAAUGUUUUAUCAUCAGGUGAGGUCUCUAAUCUGUUUGCGCGAGAUGAAACUGAUGAAAUUAAUAGCAACCUGGUGUCAGUCAUGAAAAAAGAAUUCCCCAAGUGCCCGCCUACCAAUGAGAACCUGCACGACUACUUCAUGAGUCGGGUCCGACAGAACCUUCAUAUUGUGCUCUGCUUCUCGCCAGUGGGGGAGAAGUUUCGAAACAGAGCUUUGAAGUUCCCUGCCUUAAUUUCAGGAUGCACAAUUGACUGGUUCAGCCGUUGGCCCAAAGAUGCUUUGGUUGCUGUGUCUGAGCACUUCCUCGCUUCCUAUGAUAUUGACUGCAGUUUGGAAAUCAAGAAGGAGGUGGUCCAAUGCAUGGGCUCCUUCCAGGAUGGGGUGGCCGAGAAGUGUGCUGAUUAUUUCCAGAGAUUCCGACGUUCUACCCAUGUGACGCCCAAAUCAUACCUCUCCUUUAUUCAGGGCUAUAAGCUCAUAUAUGGAGAAAAGCAUAUGGAGGUACAGACCCUGGCCAACAGAAUGAAUACUGGAUUGGAAAAGCUCAAAGAAGCUUCAGAGUCUGUUGCAGCCUUGAGUAAAGAACUGGAAGUGAAAGAAAAGGAGCUACAAGUGGCCAACAAUAAAGCCGACAUGGUCUUAAAAGAAGUGACAAUGAAAGCACAGGCUGCUGAAAAGGUCAAGGCUGAGGUACAGAAGGUGAAGGACAGGGCCCAGGCCAUUGUGGACAGCAUCUCUAAAGACAAAGCCAUUGCUGAAGAAAAACUGGAAGCAGCAAAACCAGCUUUGGAAGAGGCAGAAGCUGCAUUGCAGACCAUCAGGCCUUCGGACAUCGCCACUGUCCGCACGUUGGGCCGUCCCCCUCAUCUCAUCAUGCGGAUCAUGGAUUGCGUACUGCUGCUGUUUCAAAGGAAAGUCAAUGCUGUCAAAAUUGACCUGGAAAAAAGCUGUACCAUGCCCUCCUGGCAGGAAUCCUUAAAACUGAUGACUGCAGGGAACUUUUUACAGAACUUACAGCAAUUCCCAAAAGACACAAUCAAUGAAGAGAUGAUAGAGUUUUUGAGUCCUUACUUUGAAAUGCCUGACUAUAACAUCGAAACUGCUAAACGCGUAUGUGGAAACGUAGCUGGUCUUUGUUCCUGGACGAAAGCCAUGGCUUCCUUCUUUUCUAUAAACAAAGAGGUGCUGCCUCUGAAGGCUAACUUGGUGGUGCAAGAGAAUCGCCAUCUCCUGGCCAUGCAGGAUCUGCAGAAAGCCCAGGCCGAGUUGGAUGACAAGCAGGCGGAACUCGACGUGGUACAGGCUGAGUAUGAACAGGCCAUGACUGAAAAGCAGACCUUACUUGAAGAUGCAGAGCGAUGCCGACACAAGAUGCAGACAGCUUCCACGCUCAUCAGUGGCUUGGCAGGUGAAAAAGAAAGAUGGACACAGCAAAGCCAAGAGUUUGCUGCACAAACUAAAAGACUUGUAGGGGAUGUACUGUUGGCUACAGCUUUUCUAUCUUAUUCUGGUCCAUUUAACCAAGAGUUUCGUGAUCUUCUGUUAAAUGACUGGCGGAAAGAAAUGAAAGCCCGGAAAAUUCCAUUUGGAAAGAACCUAAAUCUCAAUGAGAUGUUGAUUGAUGCUCCUACUAUUAGUGAAUGGAACCUCCAAGGUCUGCCAAAUGAUGACCUGUCCAUUCAAAAUGGAAUUAUUGUCACGAAGGCAUCUCGUCACCCUUUGUUAAUUGAUCCACAGACUCAAGGCAAGAUCUGGAUUAAAAAUAAAGAAAGCCAAAAUGAACUCCAGAUCACGUCUUUAAAUCACAAGUACUUCAGAAACCACCUGGAAGACAGCCUUUCUCUUGGAAGGCCCUUGCUUAUUGAAGAUGUUGGAGAGGAACUAGAUCCAGCACUAGAUAAUGUUUUGGAAAGAAACUUCAUUAAAACUGGGUCUACCUUUAAGGUGAAAGUUGGUGACAAGGAAGUAGAUGUGUUGGAUGGCUUUAGACUCUACAUUACCACCAAACUGCCUAACCCAGCCUACACCCCUGAGAUAAGUGCCCGUACCUCCAUCAUUGACUUCACUGUCACCAUGAAAGGUCUAGAAGAUCAGUUACUCGGGAGGGUCAUUCUCACAGAGAAGCAGGAAUUGGAGAAAGAAAGAACUCAUCUGAUGGAAGAUGUAACUGCAAACAAAAGAAGAAUGAAGGAACUAGAAGAUAACUUGCUUUACCGCCUGACAAGUACCCAGGGGUCCCUGGUAGAAGACGAGAGUCUCAUUGUUGUGCUGAGUAACACAAAAAGGACAGCCGAGGAGGUGACACAGAAGCUAGAAAUUUCUGCUGAGACAGAAGUUCAAAUUAACUCAGCCCGGGAGGAAUACAGACCUGUGGCUACACGGGGCAGCAUCCUCUACUUCCUCAUUACCGAGAUGCGCUUGGUUAAUGAGAUGUAUCAGACUUCGCUUCGCCAGUUUCUGGGCUUGUUUGACCUUUCCUUAGCCAGGUCUGUCAAGAGCCCAAUUACAAGCAAGAGGAUUGCUAAUAUCAUCGAGCACAUGACCUACGAGGUUUAUAAGUAUGCUGCCCGAGGGCUGUAUGAGGAGCACAAAUUCCUGUUCACCUUGUUGCUUACCCUAAAGAUUGACAUCCAGAGGAACCGAGUCAAGCAUGAAGAGUUUCUCACUCUUAUUAAAGGAGGUGCCUCAUUAGACCUUAAAGCUUGUCCUCCAAAACCAUCAAAAUGGAUCCUGGACAUGACGUGGCUGAAUUUGGUGGAACUUAGCAAACUUAGACAGUUUUCAGAUGUCCUUGACCAGAUAUCGAGAAAUGAGAAAAUGUGGAAAAUUUGGUUUGAUAAGGAAAACCCAGAGGAGGAACCUCUUCCAAACGCCUAUGGUAAAUUUCUCGACUGCUUCAGACGUCUUCUCCUUAUUAGAUCGUGGUGUCCAGACAGAACCAUUGCCCAGGCCCGCAAGUACAUCGUGGACUCCAUGGGAGACAAAUAUGCCGAAGGUGUUAUUCUAGACUUGGAGAAGAUGUGGGAGGAAUCUGAUCCACGGACGCCACUCAUCUGUCUCCUGUCUAUGGGCUCAGACCCCACAGAUUCCAUCAUUGCCUUAGGGAAGAGAUUAAAAAUAGAAACCCGUUAUGUGUCCAUGGGCCAGGGCCAGGAGGUCCAUGCUCGGAAGCUCUUGCAGCAGACCAUGGCGAACGGAGGAUGGGCACUUCUGCAGAACUGCCAUCUGGGACUUGAUUUCAUGGAUGAGCUGAUGGACAUAAUCAUAGAAACUGAGCUUGUACAUGAUGCAUUCCGCCUCUGGAUGACCACCGAGGUUCAUAAGCAGUUUCCCAUCACACUCCUUCAGAUGUCCAUUAAAUUUGCCAACGAUCCUCCACAGGGCCUCCGGGCAGGACUGAAAAGAACAUAUGGUGGUGUGAGCCAAGACCUGCUGGACGUGACCUCCGGGUCCCAGUGGAAGCCCAUGUUGUACGCAGUGGCUUUCCUGCACUCCACCGUCCAGGAGAGGCGCAAGUUCGGUGCCCUGGGGUGGAAUAUCCCCUAUGAAUUUAACCAGGCGGACUUUAAUGCCACUGUGCAGUUCAUCCAAAACCACUUGGAUGACAUGGAUGUCAAAAAGGGCGUCUCCUGGACCACUGUCCGCUACAUGAUAGGAGAGAUUCAAUAUGGAGGCAGAGUCACUGACAACUAUGAUAAGAGAUUGUUGAACACAUUUGCUAAGGUUUGGUUCAGCGAAAGUAUGUUUGGAUUAGAUUUCAAUUUUUACCAAGGAUACAACAUUCCAAGAUGCAGCACAGUGGAUAACUAUCUUCAAUAUAUCCAGAGUUUGCCUGCCUACGACAGUCCUGAGGUGUUUGGGCUGCACCCCAAUGCUGACAUCACCUAUCAGAGCAAGCUGGCCAAGGGCGUGCUGGACACCAUUCUAGGCAUCCAACCCAAGGACAGCUCUGGCGGAGGGGAUGAGACCCGGGAAGCGGUGGUGGUCCGGCUGGCUGAUGAUAUGCUGGAGAAACUGCCCCCAGACUAUGUCCCCUUCGAAGUAAAAGAGAGGCUGCAGAAGAUGGGGCCAUUCCAGCCUAUGAACAUUUUCCUCAGGCAGGAAAUAGACAGGAUGCAAAGGGUACUCAGCCUUGUCCGCAGCACCCUCACUGAGCUGAAACUUGCUAUUGAUGGCACCAUCAUCAUGAGUGAAAAUCUGCGAGAUGCGUUGGAUUGCAUGUUUGAUGCUAGAAUCCCUGCUUGGUGGGAAAAAGCUUCUUGGAUUUCAAGUACUCUGGGUUUCUGGUUUACUGAACUUAUAGAAAGAAAUGGCCAGUUUACCUCAUGGGUUUUCAAUGGCCGACCUCACUGCUUUUGGAUGACAGGCUUUUUUAACCCCCAGGGAUUUUUAACUGCAAUGCGACAGGAAAUAACUCGGGUCAACAAAGGCUGGGCUCUGGACAAUAUGGUGCUUUGCAAUGAAGUCACCAAAUGGAUGAAGGAUGACAUUUCUGCCCCUCCCACAGAGGGUGUCUAUGUCUAUGGCUUAUAUCUUGAAGGUGCUGGCUGGGACAAGAGGAACAUGAAACUCAUUGAAUCAAAACCAAAAGUGCUUUUUGAGUUGAUGCCUGUCAUAAGGAUUUAUGCAGAAAACAAUACUUUACGAGAUCCUCGGUUUUACUCCUGUCCCAUCUAUAAGAAGCCAGUUCGAACGGACUUGAACUACAUUGCGGCUGUGGACCUCAGGACGGCCCAGACCCCUGAACACUGGGUGCUCCGUGGGGUUGCCCUUCUCUGUGAUGUCAAGUAACAUGUCGGGAGUGUUCCCGCCCAAUGCUUUGGAAAAUGCAAGAUCUAAAUUGUUGUAACUUUUGUUUCUGUAUGACUGCUGGACAGUGUAUGUCAGGUCGUUUAUGCAAUUAAUGAGCUGCAUAGGUUUUCCCCACUCCUUAAUUGGGUGCUUAUAUUUUACCUGUUUCAUCAUUAGUGACCAAUGUCUAAGUUUGUUGAAAAUACUAUUUAGUGAUGAAGUGUGGCCCUCAAAUCCACAGUAGUGCAUUUUCUUCUUACUUUGCUGUGAAGACCAACUAGGGUAAGCACAGUAUUUCUCUGGAAGGAAUUACUAUUCUUCUGUUAAUAUGACCUGGUAACAGCCAAGUUCUUGAAGGUAACAGGGCAAGUUUGUGCUGAUUUUGCUUCUAUUGCCUUUCGUAUUUAGGUCAAGUUAAGAGACUUAUUUUCAGGGUUUCAAGCAGCCAAUUAAAAAUACCUUUUAAAAAAUAGAAGGAAAUAGAAUAAUGGGUUAAGAAUGUAAAUAGACAAUUUAUGCAAGCAUAAAGAAUAAAUGUAGAGCAAUGUUUAAGCCUACUUGUAAUUAAUAAUGAGAUACUAAUUGAUAACUCUUAUAAUAAAAAUUAAAGCUAAAAGUAAAUCAUAGCAUGCUCUCAGUAAAUAUCCACUCACAAAUUGCUAGAGCAGUGUAAAUCAACCCAACCUUUUUUGUAAAAUGAUUAAAUACAGUAAGAGCCAUAAAAAUAUUCACACACUUGGAUCUUUAUUUUCUCUGUAUCCAGGAAACAAUCGAAAAGACUGAAAAUAGUCUAUAUAAAAUUACAUUUAAUAACAAAAAAAUGGAAAUGUCAUAAAUAUUCAAUAAUCAGGCUAUGCUUAAGGAAAUUAGGAGAUAUUAGGCAACCAUAAAAACAAUUGUGAAGAUUCCAUAAUAUGAAAAUGGUAGACUCAGACUGUUAAGUGAAAGAUUUAGUUCACAAAAUAUUGAGUACACUGUGAUUAUAACAGUGAAAUAUAUUUACAUAUGGACAAAGAUUAGAUGGCAAGAUAGAAAAAUAAGAACAGAUAUGAUAGCAAGAGUUAUAGUUGGCUUGAAAAAAAUGUGAUGAUUAGGAGAAAAAAUAAAGAAAGGAUAGAAAUCUUAGUGUGUAGGGAUGUCCUAUGGGCUUUUAUUAAUUAGGAAACAUUAUCAAAUGAACUUUUCACAUAUAUAUUUUUUAAAAUUCUGGUUACAGGUUAUUAAUAACUCUUCAUCUAACCCAUUGACUAGAAAAUUUGGUCAGUUUUAAGUUAGAAUUGUGGUUUACAAACUGUUGGUUAGCUCUGGAUCUGUAUGACUGCAUUUGUUUUGAUAAAUGGUUUUUGGGAGGUGGAUACCAGGAGACAAGUGUGGGCCCCUCUUGCUGGGCUUCAUUCUAUGGACCAGGAUCAUUAUUUCAUGCUCAUGAUGAUGAGAGUGAAGCCUGAGUGGCUCCUGUGACUCCCCUCAUCGUAGAUGAUACUGUUUUCAUGUGAGUUCUUUCUUUUGGUGUGGAUUAAUGUAUCAGUUAAUUUGUGUGAAUUGUGGUGAAACAAUCAUUUCAUUCUGAAAAGCAAGUAAUGAAAAUGUGGACAUCAUGGAAUUAAUAAAAUGUUUUUACUAAA